UUGAGAUUUUAUAUCAAAUUUGAAUAUAAAUUAAAAAUGAAUUUUCGUGCCAGAACGAAAUUUCUUCUCCAAUUCUUAACUUUCUUAGGUAUUUUCACUGGCUGCAUCUACUGCUCAGAUUUCGAACCGCAAGAAAUAGAGGCAUCUGAUGUCUGGAUUGCCAAAAACGCCACUGACUACUACACCCUAUCCCUCUUAAGAAAGUUCUCCAAGGACGUUGCCAUUACUUCCAGUAUUACCUCUAGCACGCACCAGCCCUUCGUAAGGGUCACCAAGAAGUGUAGGGCUGACAGUGACUGGCCUCGCUACUGUGGCUUGAAGAGUCCCACUGAUGAGCGCCAGGAGGAUAUUGUCAGUGAAAUGGUAUACCAAGGAGGAGGUGUCUACGCGUUGACUUUUAAUACAAGUGGUUUAACAGGUCCUUUUACUCCUUUGGUAUACUUUGCUCCGGAUACAGCAUUGGUAGAUGCAUAUAUAAUGAAGGAUACAGAUGAUUUCCGUACCUACGAAUCCCAUUAUACUGUGCCAGAAACUAUUUCAGCAUCAAGCUCGACAGCUCCAAGGUUUUAUGACUAUGUGAAUGCAAUACAGUCUCGUGAAAUGUCAAUAUUAAUGUCCACGGCAUUUUAUGCAACAACUCAAGGAAGUCAACAGCUUGAGAUAGAACAUGAAAGUUGUAUGAUGAUCAAGAUAAACGGCAAAGUUGUAUAUGAAGCAAUGGACGACUGUGAUUCGUUAGGAACUUACAAUGAAGAAUUCUCUUACUAUUUCGAUAUCAACAUUCCUUACUUCAUUGAGCUAUUUGCAACAAAAGCUUAUGCAUCAUACACAAUGAACUUUGGCUUUCAAAGUACUUCUUAUCCUUUCGAUCCUUUGAACAGAGGAGCAACAAAUGCUUAUCAGCCAAUACUGUAUCAGGCUUCUACGAGACUGACUAUAGAAGAAUCUCCUUUUGAAGAUAUUUCCUUACCAUCUAAAUUUUUCUUUGCUGCUUUACUGAUCUUAAUGUUCACCGCCCUUAUUCUCACAAUGAUUUCCUUCUAUUACUUAGAGAAGAAGAUCGUUGCUUUCUAUAACAUCAUUCAUUACCUUCAGUUGUUGCUGCUUACUCCAUUGGUUAACUAUACUCUUGGAGAUGAUAUGAUGGACUUCUACGACCAGAUAGACUUCUUUCUGUUCAAUUUCAGCUUCCUUCCUAAAGAAAUCAAAUUUACAGAUUAUGAUGAAACGAAGCCAACUGGUGAAUUCAAACAAGACGUAGAGUACCUGACCAAAAUAGAACUAGAAACAGCAAGCGGGAUCAAUAACCUCGGCAAAUUCAUAACUGUUUUGAUAUUCCUGAUAUGAUUUAUCUUGAUUGUAGUUUUAUUGAGAAUGAUGACUAAAAAGACUGAAAAAUCAGGGAAAUGGGCUAGAUUUAUCAAUUGGAUGUAUGAGUGGUGUAUCUUUGCACUUCCUAUAAGAUUCUUCUUACUCUCAUUCCCAUAUGUCUAUCUGUGUGUCUUCUCUGAGAUUACUAUUUCUAACAAUCUUCAAGUAACUUCAUCAUGGGUAAUAUCUCUUAUUAUUUUUAUCAUAUACUCUUGUGUUCCUCUCGUUGUCAUAGCAUAUUGGAUAGCUUCAGCAGACGAGGAGUUCGGAAAUAGCUUGGAGCCAUGAGAAGAACUGUUCCUCGGAUGCCAAUCUAACUUCAUCAGGAGAUCUUGGCCGCUCAUGUGGAUACUCAGAGCUGGAUUGUUUGUAUUUGUUGUUUGACUCGCAUAUGGUAAACAUCCUGACCUUAGCCUGAAGUUAAUCAUGCUCAUAAAUUUAAUGUACUGUGUAUAUUUGGGUGUUGCCAGACCAUUUCAAAGAUGGGUUGAUUUCAUUGUUGAAGUCUUCAACUCAGUCAUGCUUCAAUUUUUGCUAUUUAGUAUCUUCAGCCACAGAGAUGAAACUACAUGGGACACUUGGGUUGUUUAUCUUUACCUAGCAUGAAUCAUCAUCACUGUUGCAAUAGACGUCAUGAUUAUCGCAGGCUGGGGCAUCACCCAUAUAAUAAUACUCCUGUACGAACAAGCUAAGAGAAGGAAAUAUGAACAAGCUUUUGGAAGCAGUAAGAGGAAUCAGAAGAAGAAGGAAGAGAAGAAAGAAGAACAGAAGGAAGCAGGAGAUCAUCAGCCUGUUAAAAGUAGGGAUGGAGAUGAAGGAGAGGAUAAUUCUGUGGGAGAUAUGCAUAGUCAUAGGCCAGGAGAGCACGAAGAAUCGGAGGAAGAGAAGAAGGAGCCGAGGGAAGAGCUUGCAGUGUUUUAAGAGAAAGAUAGACCAGGAGUUGGGGAGGAGGUUUUUGAGUGAGUAAAGCCACAUUUGGAAGAU